CACAUUUAUAACAUUACCUGGAUAGUCACUAAUCUCAUGACAGGAAGGCUGGCUAAUGCUACCUCCGUAAGGGGGAUGCUGGCCGAUGCCUUCCCUCCCUUAUACUCUGACCUUUGUGAUGUGAUAGACUACAAGUGGGAGCCUGGCACUACCCAUAAUUGGCAUCCCUCAACCACCUACUAUGGUUGCAGUCCGGCUUCCCACAGCAAAGAGAUCUACGUUUGCCCUGGACACAGAGUGAGCCGGCAGUGCGGAGGGCCGGGGAGUGGGUACUGUGCCCAGUGGGGAUGUGAGACUAUUGGGGAUGCGUAUUGGAAGCCAUCCUCAUCUUGGGACCUGAUAACUCUGAAACGAGACGGUCGGCUUCCUUACACCUUGUGUAAACGGGGCGCGAAAUGCAAUCCCCUCGUCCUCCACUUCACCGACUCAGAUAGAAGAGCGACCUGGGACGGGCCCAAAUCUUGGGGCCUGCGCUUAUACGUCACAGGGACCGAUCCGGUGGGUCUGUUCUCUCUAAAUAGACAAGUCUCUCCCCUGGCCACUCGACCCAUUGGACCCAACCUAGUUCUACCAGAUCAGAAGCCUCCCUCGCUCCCGGCACAAGCCCAACCCCCGUCAUUGCCUAAGGUCACCCAGGCCCCUGGUAGUACCCCUACAAGCCCCUUCUCCACAACAGGGGGCUCCACCAUUUUGAUCUCCCCGUCGCCAGGCACCAGGGAUCGAUUAUUCAAUUUGGUGGCUGGUGCAUAUCUGGCUCUCAACUAUUCAGACCCUUUUAGGACUCAGGAGUGCUGGUUGUGCCUCGUUUCCAGUCCGCCCUAUUAUGAAGGGGUGGCAGUCAUUGGAAAUUAUACCAACCUGACUGCUGCCCCAGACAGUUGUGCCAAUACCCCCAGCCACAAACUAACUCUGCCCGAGGUCUCAGGACGAGGGCUCUGCUUGGGGAAUGUACCCCACACACACCAGACCCUCUGCAACACCACUCAGAAGAUUCCCAUCGGGAAUUACUUCCUGGCAGCCCCAAAAGGCACAUACUGGGCCUGCAAUACCGGACUAACACCCUGUAUCUCAGCCACAGUCUUCAACCAAUCCUCUGACUAUUGUGUAUUAGUAGAAAUUUGGCCCAAAGUCACCUACCAUGAAUCCGAGUAUAUAUACUCAUUUUUCGAGAGACAGACUCAUUUCCGACGAGAGCCUGCCACCCUGACUUUAGCUUUACUCCUAGGAGGAAUCACCUUGGGGGGAGUGGCCGUGGGUAUAGGGACCGGGACCACUGCACUCAUUGAAACUGGCCAUUUCCGUCAGUUACAAACAGUCAUGAAUGCAGAUCUUAAAGCUAUAGAAGAGUCUGUGAGUGCAUUAGAAAAGUCCUUAACAUCGUUGUCUGAAGUGGUCCUCCAAAAUAGACGAGGGCUAGAUAUGUUGUUCCUCCUCGAGGGUGGAUUAUGUGCUGCUCUAAAAGAAGAGUGCUGUUUCUAUGCAGACCAUACUGGAAUAGUAAGAGAUAAUAUGGCUAAGCUUAGAGAACGCCUGGCCCAAAGAUAAAAACUGUUUGAUUCCCAACAGGGAUGGUUCGAGGGGUGGUUUAACCGAUCCCCUUGGUUUGCUACCCUCCUGUCUACCCUGAUGGGACCCCUACUUAUUCUUCUCCUAAUUCUGCUUUUUGGACCCUGCAUCCUUAAUAGGCUGGUACAGUUCAUGAGGGAUAGACUUUCAGUCAUUCAGACCCUCGUACUGACGCAGCAGUACCAUAGGCUGAGACAACAAGAGACAGAAAUUUCUUGACCAAGUCGAGUGAAAGAUUUCACUCAAAGUUAGCAAAAAAAAAAAAAAUGGGGGAAUGAAAGACCCCAGCUUAGCAGCAGUAACGCCAUUUUGCAAGGCUGUACUUAAGAUGACUGGUUCAGGGAAAGGUUAGAACACUGAGUACACAGCGGCUGCCAAGCAAGAUAUGUUUGGUUGAAGGCCUGGCAACAGGACGACUGCGGUUGAGCACCUGACAAUGAGAAAAGCCCCGGGAGAGGUCCCACACCCUGGUGGGGGGCCGAGUCAGUCCUUAUGUUCCUGGAAGGUAGCUAGGAAACUUGCCGCCGGGCUGAACCCUUGCCACAUUAGAAUCCACCAAUUAUAUCGCUUUAACCAUGCAUCUGCUUCUGUAUGCUUGCUUCUGCUCCCCAGAAUCCUAUAAAAAGCCCAUCCUUGGUUCCGUGGGGCGCGCCAGUCCCCCGAGUGACUGAAGCGCCCACAGGUGCCUGUGUAUCCCGACAAUAAACCAAAUCCUCUUGCUGAUUGCAUCCUGUGGUGUCUCGGUCUGGUCAUUAAAGUUGGAGGGUCUCCAU